AUGUAUUGCUGUGUCCCGUUAUGUGACACAUCCUCGAGGUUUAAUUCGGUGGUUAGUUUCCAUACUUUCCCUUUGGACAAGGAAACAAGUAAAAAAUGGAUUCACUAUAUCCGACGUGAGGAUUUUAAUAUCACUCCUAACACAAGAGUCUGCAGUCGUCACUUCAAGAGUGAUGAUUUGAUCGAGCCAUCGACUCCCACAGGACGCCGGCUACUGAAGAAAGGUGCAGUGCCCACUUUGUUUGAGUGGAACAAGUACUCCACUUCUGCACCAAGGCGCACCGGGGCAUGGCAGAGGAGAGAAGUUUCCCCUCCACUGAACGAAGAUCCUGUGCCUGUGGACCUCCAGCAUGAGGAGCAUGAUUAUUGUUCAUUUCCCGUUCCUGCGGCUGUCGAUCUUUCUUUAGAUCAGACUGAAGAUCUCCGAAAGGAAGUGGAACAACUGAGGAAACAGGUGGAAGAACUGUCUGUCCGUCACAGAUUUUGCUUGGGCAGAUUUGCUGCAUCAGACGAUGACAUACGGUUCUACACUAGGUUUGUGACGUACAAUCACUUGAUGGCGUUCUGGAGACUCAUUGAACCUGCAUCCCACAACAUGGUUCGUGUGACCAGAGCAAGGGCAGCUACAACUAGGAGUUAUUCUCCUAGUUGCAAUACAGGGCUGCCUACACAAAACCUGCAUGGGCCCAAUGGUGCAAAAGCUGCUCUGGGCUGGCCCACACUGGGCCAUCAUGGGAAUAAUGUGGGCAGUCCGCUAGUGAGGGCUGCUCACAGAGAGCCCACGAAGAACGGACCGCUACUGAAGAUGGAAGUCGUCGCCCGCACCAGCCUGCCGCCGCUGAUUCCGGGACGCCGCCGUCUGCGGCUGGUCCCGCCCCGCUGGGCAAAGUUCAGGCCGGUUCGGCUGCCAAGCCCACACCGAUCGCGGUAA